AUGGAUCUGUCUAUUUUUACUCAGAGGGCUUUGGAGUUCCGUUUGAUCGACCUUCUGAUGGAAACUUGUAGCGCAUCGAUUGCGCCAGAUGAUGUUGAGGUGCAUAGUGCCUACCUAUUGACCUCCAAAUGCGAUUCGCUAUCAUCAAUCCAACCAACUUUUAAGCUCCCUUCGGGCAACGCUGUUCCUCAUCCCCCGGCGAAGCACCACCUGAUUAUUGGUUGUCGCGUCGCCACCUUUGUCGUUAAGUCGAUGCAGGAAAGGGGUGCUAUUUUCGUGAAGAGCGUUGGGAGAUUCGAUUCAGCUUCACUCUGUCUGCUGAUCGUCCAGCUUUAUCCAUUAAAUUCUUUGGGCGUGAUGUGGGCUCAAGACGCGAAUCCAUCGAUGGACUACCAACACGUCAUGAAUGAAUCUGCUGUGAAUAAAUUAACCGGAAUCUUGGCGGAUGAUUCUCCCUUCAUGCAACAGCGGUCCCUUUAUGUUAACUACUCCGAAGAUGCCGGUGAAAUGAUGGUUAAGCCGACAACUGUCUACACGACCGUUAGCGACAUUCAGCACUCAGAUGAUGAUGCAAACGACUUGUUUCCUUCUGUUGAGACAGUCCAAACUGACCGUUCGGAACCUAUGUACGAGGUAUCCAACGACGUUUCAGAUGCCGACUCGCCCCUCAUUGAGGCUGCCAUGCAUGAACCGUUGAGUCUACUGGCCUUUGCUCGCGUCGCGCGUCAACAUGCCACUGGAUUCUCUCGUGCACUUGGCCUCGACGAUAUUACUUUCGAUUUGAUGCAGCGUCACGAGAGCAACAAGCUGUCACAAACAAGCCUUACAUCCUGCAUCGGCUCAGGCGCUGCAGAAUCAAAGAAAUUCCCUACUUCCAACACUUCGAAAUUCAGCUCCGAGCUUUGCGAUGCACCUCAUCUGGCGCACUCCUCUACGCUUCCCAUCGGGUCCCAAACGGACAAUUUUAAGCCGAAGCUGAUUGAACUGAUCGAAUUACCGACGCAAUCAGUUGACAUGUUUUUGGACGUAAUUCAGCUGUCCCUCAUUUCAACGACCUUUGAACCGAACGAAACAGAGAAUUACUUUGCACCAUAUUCCAGCAAUAUCCUUGUGUGCUGCGGACGUAGUCAGAAUUUUGCCCCUGUUGCUAAUAUUUAUCAUCACCCGGCCUGUGUCGGCGGACUUUAUCUCUUCGGGUAA